AUGACAAUGCUCCCUUCACUCAAAUCCGUCCUCGUCGUGGGCGCUGCUUGCAUUGCCACGGCAAACCCCAUCUCUCGCCAUCCUAUUGAAAGGUCCAAUGGCACAACACUGGCGAAUUUUACGAGCUCGGCUUACCCUGUGGAUGCACAUAUAACAAUGACCAAGCAUUUGACCCUGGUCAUUGAGCAUACACCCGUUGACUGUUCUCAUCGCCCGCUUCCGACAACAUCGUUCGCAGCGCCGGCUUGCGAAUUCUCUAAUGGUCUUUCGUCGACGACUAGUACUCGGUAUUACUGUGAAGGUUCGCGUGUGUUUCCUCCUUGGGGGGAACCAGGGGAACGCGAUCCUGACGAAAAGGAAGAUGACGGUAGCUAUGAUGCUGAUGAGGAGGAUGUUGAUGAGGACGACGAGGACGACGAGGAUACUGAUGAGGAAGAUGAGGAUGAGGAUGAGGAUGAGGAUGAGGAGGAUAACGAGGAUGACGACUACCUCAGUGACCAUUCCGAGCCUGGAUUCUUCGCACCUCAACAUUUCGACCGCGUGAAUAUGGACUGCACAACUUCACGCAUGCUAGGCCCCCCCGUGCUCGACUUUACGAACACUACCACCGUCUACACCACCACCUCGACCGUCUCCCAACUCGUCGGUUGCGGCCGGUGCACUGCCGUCAAGACGGUCCCUUAUUUCUCCCCGGGUUACCCACCCCAAUUCCCCAAAUACACCACGACCGUCACGGCCAUCCAGCCCACCACGACGACGCUGCUUAACUGCGAACCUCAACCCACACAGGACGGUGUAUAUGCCGAGAGAGAAAUUGUUAGCGUUGGCGGCAUCCCUGAACCUGUGCGGACACACCUCACCAAGGAAGACCAUUGGCCCCCGCUCGUUACUACGUACACGGAUUUCCCCAGGGGGCGUGACGAGGUGGAGUGCGCCAUGUAUUAUAACCUCUUUCCGUCGCGUCUGGGCAGCGUGCGAAAGAUUUAUACUGCGACGAAGACGACGACGGCGCACAAGGAUUGUGGUGUUUGUGCAUUGGUCUGGGGCACGGCUGCGUAUCCCUUCGAGGUUGGGCCGUUGCCGACAACGAAGACUAUGAAGGGGAAGACGAAGAUCACGGCCAUGGCGUGCAGAACCCCGAAAGGGGGUCGAUAA